CCGUUGCGGUCAAAUGGGCAAGGUCCCAAACCCCUGUCCAAUUGUUUAUGUAUGUACACUGCGAGUGCUACUCACCCGCUUUCCAUCUCCACUGCCGAUUUUCCAUCGAUCAACAAGCCAAAACGCGGAACCCAGCGUCGUCUUCCUCUCUCCUCUCGACAAGCCUACAUUUCGCUCGAGAUACACGUACCGAGUGCACCGCUAGGAUUUACAUCGCAAACCCUCUCUCCAUCGCGUCGCAGUUGGGCUGCAGAUACUACCAGUUGAUCGCUACCUUCCGCUCUCGCGAAUGAGCCUCAGCAUAUACGCGAACCAAGAAAACUAGCCACAACACGCCCCUGACGUCCUCUUCCCCGCGCCGGGACCGAUUAGACCCCCCCGAAGGUUUGCCCCACGACGCCCUCACCUCUAGAGCCUAGAGCGGGGCAUCGUGAUAGCCGGCAACAUGUCAUCGCCAGAGCAGAUGGGCAUCGACACUAGCCGCCGCAACCGGAUCCCGCGGCCAUUGACGGAGGAUGAGCGUGCGCGCCUUGAAGAGUUUAUAGACUCGAUACAUUACUCCACCAGAUACUCGGAUAACGAGUUCGAGUACCGACACGUACAACUUCCCAAGGCGAUGUUAAAAGUUAUUCCCGCGGAAUAUCACGAUAAGUCGAAAGGCACUCUGAAGCUCUUGUGGGAGGAAGAGUGGCGGGGGAUGGGGAUCACACAGAGCUUGGGCUGGGAACACUAUGAGGUCCAUGAGCCGGAGCCCCAUAUUCUGUUAUUUAAACGUCCGCUGAACUAUCAGCCCCCGCAGUGAAGCGCGUGGCGAGUAAGAGAAGGAAGCUUCUUGGACCGAUUCUGUACUGCAUUUUGCAUUACCAUAACACGACUGCAUAGCGACCGUCAAAUUUUACUGUAUGCAAUGCACGAAUCCGGGGCCAGUUGACACCGAGUCUCGUCGCUCGGCCUGUUUCGACCCCGCCCGACGACCGACCGGUUAAUGAAUCCGUGCCAUCAUGAGCCGGCGCAGUCGGGUCGAGACAGUUUGGGCGGUCAGCCACACAACGUGGGGAGGGGAAGCCGUGGGCGAAGCGCUGCAAGCGCCGACUGAAUGGCGCAGGACGUUGUUGAGAUAAGCGCAUCCGGACAAGGAGAACUACUAGGGUUCGAGGCAGUUGAUCCGCGGUGCUUGCCAUUGUUGAUUAAUACAUUGUACUGGAUGAACAAAUUAUUAACACCACCAGUCCGACCACACCCUGCAUGCCAAGUUUGAUGGUUUGGGAUGAA